AUGUUCGCAUUAACGAAGCGAUCUCCUGCAAGGACAAGCAAUGACAAGAUUAAUGAUGCUAAUAGAAUGAUUCAACUUUAUUAGACUAUUACUCAAAAGAAAAUGAAAGACAGUUAUGAAAUGAGAAAUAGUUCUCUCAACAACCAUCAUUAGAGGCCGCCUUCGUAGAAAAGUCCUCCACAUUUUGACAAGAGAAAUACCAUAAAUACCAGCUCUUCUAGAUAUUAGACCAACUGCUCUUCUACUGCUUCUCUUCAUUAAAAUCAAUUAAAUAGUUUAAACCACUCAGGUAGAAACACUGCAAUAAAUGGCGCAUUAAACACCACUAACUCUACAAUAAGGUCAAGGAAUUAAAGUCCACUUAAUAUCAAACCUUAAGGGCCUGCUCAUCCAAAGCUGUUUGAGCCUAUUCUUGGGGGAAAUAAAAAAUAUUAAAACUAGAUUAUCAAACUUCAUAAAUGCAUAGAAUCUUAAAAAAUAUCUAAGUGUUCCAACUAUAAUGAUGAAAAUGCACCUCCUGAUGCAGCCAAGCAUUAAAGACCUCAUCCCAACCCCAAUAAGCCAAUGAGAUAGAAAAGCCUUAAAAACAAAGAUGACCAUGAGCCUAUCCAAGAAGUAGAAGACGAAACAGUCAUUAAACAAAGUCUAAUUUUGACAAAUAAUGAUGAUAUGUAGUCGAAGUGCUUUUAGAAAAAAUACUUGCCCAAUGGGUUUUGGCCUCAAAAAGAAUUACAAGAAUUAGUUAAUGCUACAAAGAAUAAUACUGGAAGUAUCAAUGGCAGAAGGGAAGAUAAUACUAAUUCUGGUGUCUUUAACACUAUUCUUAAUAGCACCAUCAAUAAUAACUCGGUAGACGAUGAACUUUAUGAUGAUAUUCCUACAGUUUAACAUAUCUAUAAAAAGUACGUUUCAGAGAAAUAAAAGCAUUAGGCUACUAAAAAAGUCUUAGAUAAAGCUAUAGGAUUAGCAACUAUGCUUCUUAAAGAAAUUUAGACUCUUGAGCUGAAGCAGCAGAUGCUAAGUCCACAAAGAGUGUCAUACCAAAAUCCUCUUAUAAUGAGUGUUGACACAAUGAAAUCAUUUGAUCCAAAUCUCUUACUGAGCAAAAGAGCUUCAAUAAGAGAUGACAUGAAAGAGAUUCACGCUCUUACAAUGAUGGUCAUGAAAGAGAAUGAUUCUGUUUAAAAUUAAUGA